CUCUAGCGAGCUCGUGUGCCCUGUGCCGGAUUGGUGGUGGUCGUCAUGCCAGUCCUUGCAGACGAACUCGCUCGCCUGCAAGCCCACCGCUGGCAGAUCUCAGACCUCUCCUUUAGUCCCGACGGCACUCGCCUCGCUAGCGCCGGCUGGGACAAAGAGGUGAACAUAUGGGAGCUAAGCAACUUGGAGCGGGUGCUCAACUUGUCCGACGUCCACCGAGUUCCCGUCACCAGCGUCUCCUGGCUCCGUCCCAACGGUCUCCUAAUCUGCACGGGAUCUGCAGACCGCACGGCCGCACUCUGGAACGCGGAGACGGGCGCACACGUUGCUUCUCUUACCGACCAUGCCGGCUGGGUCCUCGACACCGAUUUCUCCGCCACGGGAGCGUUUCUGGCCACCGCCUGCUGGGACCACACCGUACGAAUCUGGGACCCCGGUUCCGAGAAGGUGGUGAACAGUCUGACGGGGCACGGCGGCGGGGUUUGGUCCGUGGAAUUCCACCCCAACUCCUCGCAGCUGUGCACGGCGAGCGAAGACAAGUCGGCGAGGAUCUGGGACACCCGCAUGAACAGACCCGCGGGGAGUCUCUACGGGCAGCACACGGACGCAGUCUACUGUGCUGCCUGGUCUCCAGACGGCAGCGUGAUUGCCACCGGCUCUGCUGACAACAAGAUUUGCAUCUGGGAGCCGCGCCAACAGGCAGUCAUCAACACAAUCUACGCCCACCAAGACACGGUCAAGAGCCUGGCCUUCAACCCACACACUGACAACGUCGCAGUCCCUGUACUGGCAUCAGCAGGUGGUGACAAGCUCUGUCUCUCUGACCAUCGUCCCUCUCACAGGGCAGACAUUCUGAGCGUCUCCCUCCACAAGGAGGGGAAGGAGAUAGAGGCAGUGGCAGUGUCACCAGACGGUUCCCUGCUAGUAUCGGGAGGGAGGGACGGUCUCGUGGUGCUCAUGACGCUCAUGGUGCCCUCCAUCGUACCGAGAUCAGAGAGCCACUACACGAGCCUCACGUCGUCCGUCUUGCGCAAGAGCAGAGUCCUCCGAGAUCGCUCCUACAUCUACGACGCCACGGUAGACGAAGACAUUCCACCAGAAUUGGAAGAGGAGGAAGAGGAGGAAGACGAUGAGCUAAUGGCGAGCUGGCAGGAGGAGAUCGACCACUUCCCCGCCGAGUCUAAAAAGACGGAGAAGGUCACAAGCUACAAUAGGAUGAAACGAAGGAGCAGAUUCGACGAGAAAGCAACCGAGCUACCAGACUAUGCCACCGUCAGGAAAAAGAAAGUGAUGAGUGCCAGAACUGCACGGGAGAGACGUGCAAAGGGGAAAUCCUUCGACAUUCCGACAAUGAUUGCACAUUUGUCAGCAGCAGCUCGUGUGUAUGGCCCAGAAGAACCGGACAGCAGCAGCGAAUCAGAGGAAGAGCAGGAGAACAAGCCGCCACAGCCAAAUCGGCCUUCACCGGACCCCAAAGUGGACAUCCUCUCGCACAUCAAGGCCUGGUCGAACCCACAGAACAUCUCCUCCCUACCCCCACCCAGGAGGAAGAUUAGCAUAGAAGUCACGGGGAGGGCAAAGACACAUCGCGAAUUCUUCGAGGCUGGGGACUCCCUCACAAAACACACGAUAGAGGAGGAAGAGAGCCAAGAGGAGGAGUUGUCUUCACCUCACAGCCAGUAUGAAGUGGGGAACAGCUACAGACUUGAGGACCUGAUGACGGUCAACUCUGACGAAUGGACUACUUCACCUCUUACUGACCCACACUUCACUCCCACACUCCCCACCCAACCAGAGCUGGGAGAGGAGGAGGAGGAGGCGUACAGUGAUGACGAUACUGUGAGCAUGAUCUAAAAACCACUCGCUGUGAUGUGACAUUGUGUAAAAUCUCCGGUUAUUUCCGCGCACGCCACACAACAACGCAAAAUCAGGUGAUAAGAAAGGGAAAGCGGUGAGAAAACGGGGAAUAUACGGGGUUUUAGUGGUCCGAGCUGUAGGGAAUCUUUCCUGGAAAGAAGCAUUCUCGACUUCGUUUGUACCAUCGACUAAGUCCAGAUACGUUGCUGGUGCCGUUGGAGGUGGAGGGAGAAUGCCAGGCGGGAGAGACGAGGUACGGGAACCGACCGACUCGGUGCAGAGCGACCCAGGUGUCCGGAAGUUCACGUGGCAGGAGCUGAGCAAACUGAACGAGAGACAUAACGCGCACGUCGCCGUCAGGGGAAAGGUGUAUGACGUAAGUAGUUUCAUAGAGAAGCAUCCUGGAGGGGUAGACCAGCUGUUGCUGGGAGCUGGAAGAGAUGUCACCAUUCUCUUCGAGUCCUACCACAACUUCAACGUCAGCAAGGUGUUGGAGAAGUACUAUGUCGGUGUGCUGGUCAGUAAUGAGAUGCCCGUCUUCCCUAAGCCAGGUUUGUUCCACAAGACUGUAAGAGAGAGAGUGGACACGUUUUUCAAAGAGAACAACAUUGACCCGAAGAUCAGCUACUGGAUGUUCUUCCGGUACUUUGUGUUCUUUGCCACUGCCAACCUUUUCUGGUUGGGAAUGAUGGUGUUCAGUGACAGCACAAUCCUGGGCGUCGUAAUGGGUGCUGGCUGGGGGUUCUUCUCAGCUCUGGUUGCCAUGACUUGUACCCACGACGCCAGGUGAACUUUCACUAAAAUGUUUUGUAUGCACAGCGAAAAAUUCACCGAAUACGUAAUCUCUCUUUCUUGUAUUCAGCCACUUUGCCAUCACCCACAAGCCGUGGGUGUGGCUUGCAGUCGGUAGCGUUCACGACUUCUUCCAGGGUGCAUCCAUGAUCGCCUGGCUCAAUCAGCACACUCUGGGUCAUCAUCCGUACACCAACAUUGACAGAGCUGAUCCCGACAUUGAAACUGCCUCAUCUGACACUCCAGAUGUCCGUCGCAUCAAGUGGACACAGGCGUGGGUGCCGCUCUACUUUUACCAGCACAUCUACAUGCCCAUGCUCUACUGUGUGUUAGGGAUCAAGACACGACUGCAGGAUUUCUACAUCAUCUACACUCUUCAAAACUCCACUAUAAGGGUGAACAGGCUGUCGAAAAAACAGCUCCUCAUAUUCGUCGCUGGGAAGACCACUCACUGCAUCUAUCGUUUUCUCAUCCCCAGCCUCUUCAUGCCCUGGACCAGUCUGCUGCUGUGUAAUCUGAUAGGGGAGAUAGUAGGCAGCUACUGGUUGGCGCUCAUAUUCCAGACCUCUCACGUCAUUAGCGAGGUUGAGUGGCCGAAACCUGACCCAAAAGACAAUAUGGUCCACCAGGACUGGGCGGAGAUGCAGGUGGGCACGACGCAGGACUACGCCACUGACAAUUGGUUCUGGAACGUCUUCACCGGAGCUCUGAACCACCAGACCACCCACCACCUCUUCCCCGGAGUCAUCCAGGCACAUUACCCACUCAUCACCCCCAUAGUCCGCCAGACGUGCAAGGAGUUCGGCGUCACCUACCACUACGUUGACACCAUCUGGGAGGCCCUCAGUUGCCAUGUCAACCACCUUCGAACUCUCGGACAGACAAAGGAAUCAAAGGAUGAUUGAUCAAUCUUUGUUUUAUAUAUACUUAUGUAUUUUAGACACAGUACUGUAUGUUGUCUGUGUGUAAUACAUAUAUAAUUAUAGCUAGUCCUUGUCAGUAGGAUAAUACUGAUAUUGGUUGUAAAAAUUAUCAUAUUAACAAAACAUUUGCUAUAUACUUUCAAACAAUUUACACAGUGCAUGAACAAUUGAUCUAAUCAGUUCCUUGGCCAAGUCUUUUGAGGAAGUAAACGUGUUUCUUCAUGGCUUCCCAGGCCGAAGGAGUGUGGCGAAACUCGAUGUUGAAUUCUCGACAUGUUUCCCUGACGACACGAGUUACUCCGGGGUAGUGGCAUUGGAGUACCCCGGGGAACAAGUGGUGGGCUAUCUGGUUGUUGAGGGCUCCUGAGGCAAAGUUCCAGAAAUGACUGUCUGUUGCAUAGUCUUGAGACGUAGCCACCUGCAACUCCGCCCAGUCCAUGUCAAUGUAGUUGUUCUUGUCUGGCUCAGGCCAGAUUACGUCAGCAGAAACAUGGGUAAGUUGGGUGAUGAUCACCAGCCAGUACCACGCUAUAAAGUCUCCCAGCAGCACAAAGGUCACCACUAAUGGCAGGGGC